AUGUUAUGGCUUCCCUUGACAUUAUCUUUAUGUCGGGAUACAAUAUGUGUCUCUGGGCCUCAUAAAAGGGCUAGGGCUCCACAAGUCCGGGCUCUCCAACCCUUUGGGUUCAUACCGUUUGGUGGUGGGCCCCGACAGUGCGUCGGUAUGCGGUUUGCCUUAAAUGAGAUGCGAUUAUGUAUCGCAAAGACUGUACAUAAAUAUGAGUUCACAUUAGCGCCGGGAUUUCAGAUCGAUUACUUUACGGGAAAUAUAUUUCAUUCACCUUUAGCGCCGGGAUUUCAG